CUACCCCACCACAGCGCGCGCACGCAGCCCAUUGGGAUUUUCCGGUGUACCCUCGCCGUCUUUUCACCGGUGUUAUCGUUACGGCAAUCCAUCUUUAACUCAUCCCUUUCCCUCUGCCGCUACAAAAACCAAACCCGCAAGUCUCGCUCUCUCUCUCUGUGCGCCGGCCUGCUCGCCUGCCUGCCUGUGGUGGCCGCCUUGGGAUCCCCAGUGCAGCUCUUCGCAUAGGGGAGUGUCUCGGGUCCUCGCAACCAUCUCUUCUGCACCGCGGAACCCACGUUUACCUGCCACCUAGAAAGGAAGGGCACACCUUGCGAGCAAGCGCCACAGAGAGAGAGAGAGAGAGAGAGAGAGAGAGAGAGCGCAAUGGCUAUAUAGCGAGCGAGCAGGUGGCCAAGAGCUGGGCGGAGUAGUGGCUCUUUUGUUCCUUCGGCGGCAAUGAAGCGUGUUAGCAGUUGCUGGCUGCUGGUUCUCGGUCUCGUGUUCAUGGCGCUCCAUGCCUGCUCGGGGCAAGGCGAGGACAGCUCGGCGGCGACGGCGCCGAUGGAGGAGAAGGAGAAGAGGGCCCUGUACGCGGCCAUCGAGAGCUUCGUGGGCAAGGGGUGGAAUGGCUCGGGGCUCUACCCCGAUCCCUGCGGCUGGUCUCCCAUCCAGGGGGUGUCAUGUGAUCUCUUCAAUGGCUUGUGGUACCCAACAGUGAUCAGCAUUGGUCCAGUUCUUGACAACUCACUGCAGUGCGCUCCUGACGCCAAGUUCAGCCCCCAGCUGUUCGAUCUGAGGCACCUCAAGACGCUGUCCUUCUACAAUUGCUUCCCUGCUAGCAACCCCACUGCCAUCCCAACCACCAGCUGGGAGAAGCUAUCCGGGAGCCUUGAGACGCUGGAGUUCCGCACGAACCCGGGCCUCACCGGCGCAGUACCGGUGUCCCUGGGCCGCUUGGCGAGCCUGCAAUCACUGGUCAUCGUUGAGAACAAUCUCACCGGUAUUGUGCCUGCCGAGCUUGGUGCUUUGCCGAAGCUCAGACGGCUCGUGCUGUCCGGGAACAGGCUGUCGGGUCCGAUCCCGGCGACACUCGGUAACGACCGCCGCGCCGAGCUAUUGAUCAUGGACCUGAGCAAGAACUAUCUAACCGGGUCUCUGCCUUCAUCGCUAGGUGGUCUUAGGGGGCUCCUCAAGAUGGACCUGAGCAACAACCGGUUGCAAGGGAGCAUCCCGCCGGAGCUCGGAGCCCUCAAGAACCUCACAUUGCUGGACCUCAGAAACAACAGCCUCACCGGUGGGUUGCCCCAGUUUGUGCAAGGCAUGGUGUCACUGCAGGACCUGCUGCUUUCGAACAACCCAUUGGGAGGGAGCCUGGUGCAGUCUGGCUGGGAUAAGCUGACCGACCUUGCCACACUGGACUUGUCCAACCUUCGUCUAGUCGGAACCAUACCGGAAUCCAUGGCGGUGCUGACCGGGCUGCGGUUCUUGGCGCUUGACCACAACCGUCUGACCGGAAGCGUGCCCGCCAAGCUCGCCAAGUUGCCGAACAUCGGCGCGCUGUAUCUGAACGGCAACAAUUUGACUGGGACGCUGGAGUUCUCGACGGGAUUCUACCAGAGGAUGGGCAGGAGGUUCGCCUCCUGGGACAACCCUGGCCUGUGCUACAACAUCGCCGCGGUCGACGCGGCACACGCGCCCUCCGGCGUGGUGGUGUGCAAGGAUCUGCAGGAGCCCAGUGUUGGUGCGAGGGACAAGGAGGACGGGAGGAAGCCUGAGGCGAGCUCAAGCCUCACGGCCUCUUCAUUUGGCCUGUCAGCUGCCAAGGUCUCUGGAUUUUGGUACUUGGUGAUGGUGGCUGCAUCCCUUGUGCCGAUGCUCCUAUAGCAACAGGUUCAGACAGAUGCAAGAAGAACACGAAGAAACUUGUAGUUAGCUAGCACAACUAGUUUCCCUGUGUUCUCUCUUUUGCCUUUUUUGGUGCUUCUGUUCUGUUCGUCGGAUGAGAAAAGAAGCAGGAAUUUGGUGGCUGCGAGCCAUGUUACAGUAGAGGCUGAAUUCUGGAAGUGUGUAGUAGUGACAGGUAGCUUCUUCGUUUUGUGUAAUUAUCCUGGUUCUCCUGUGAUGUCGCAGCAUGUGGAUAUAUGAUUAGCCACCAUCCUUUUCUCUGGAUGGUUUGGAAGGUUA